AUGCUGGACCUCUUUGACGAUGGCCUCGAUGCCGUUGUUGAUGGGAGGAGCAUGGCUGGCAGGAUUGCUGGAACGGAAGGCAAGGGGAACAUGAAAGAGGUGGAGGCGGUGCCGCUUUGUGCUGCGUGUUGUGUUGGUACGGAGGGGGAGGACGUGGUGCAGAAGGGGUUGAGGAGGGUUGAAAGGGUUGAUGGUGGACUCGGCCGCGCGAGAUGGGGUGCUGGUGAGACCAGAGCCGGGCAGUUGAGGAGGGCUCCGGCGUCUAUCCGAUCUCUCAGCCCAGACUCGUCGUCAUUCCGCAGAAUAGGAGACGGAUCCCACGACGAGAGCAGAGGGUAUCUGGCAACACCACCCGGAGACUCUACGAUAUACGUCUCCAUCAACGAUCCCAUCGGCCAACCUGCCUUCAAGCCAAGUCCAACGAAGCCCAUACCGAUAUGGAUGCAGCCAUUUCGGGGCCUUGAGCAAGUGGCCAGUGAAGGGCGGGAAGAAAUCUAUGUGUCUCAUCCACUCUCUGGCCUCUCGCAGACUCCAGCGACGUCAAUCUCCGAGACCGCCUCAAUAGGGUCAUCGAAUUCACUUACACCGACCAUCAGACCAAUUACACCGGCCCGCUCCACGUCGCCGCCGCAAACACCGCCGAGGUCUCGUUCGAUCUGGACGCCGUCUGAAAUUCGACGAGCACCACCUCUCUCGUGGGUCAGCAACGAGCCCCUCAAGCGGCCGUCCUCUCGGUUUGCGUCCCGUCUCGAGAAGUCGGACACGACGACGUCGUCGGGUUAUGUCACUCCGCCAGAGACGCCCUCCGAGCAGCAGACGCGGUACAACACCCCACCGCCGCCGCCGCAGAGUCCACUGGUCCCUGCUCGUGUCCCACGGCGUCACGCCGUGCGUCGAACGCCUCCGCCUCAGUCGUCCGAGUACCUAGAACGGUACAACCCCAUCCGGUCCCCGUCGCCGCGACCACGGAUCACACGACCAGUCAUGUCAGCGUUCAGUCCACCCAGUCGUGCCAGAGCCAGCUUGGUGGUGUCGAGGCAUGCGACUAAGGAUGAUGGUAAUGGCCCGACUCCAGAUCCGAACCAGAGCACGGAGAGGCUUCUCUCGGAUGGGGCCGACUCGCCCGGCGAAGCGGGGAAGAAGAGGAAUUUGCAGGCUUUACGAAAGCUGUUCAGCGGAAAGUAA